AUGACCUUCAUCGACAACAAGAAUCGUCCCCCACUCGGGUUUCAAGGGGAACAACAGGGUCCAUCGGCAUCUACACUCGGCGUAUUUGACAGACGGGAUUGUCGAGUCCCUGUCCAUCACUUUCAUGACGACCAGAGGAAGAGCGAUGCAAAUCAACAACAAUGAUAGAAUCUAGUGUAGAUUGUCGUCACAAAGGAAAAAAAAGGAACGACGGGAUGACGGGAGUUUGCCCCUUUCGUCACCCGUCCACGCCCCACCCUAGCCCCGAACGUCAUGAUGGGACGGUCUGGCGGGGAAUGGGCUUAUGCACUGGUUG